AAAUAAUGUUUGAUUUUAGUACUAAAGUAGAACCGCCAAAUUAGGUCUGAUUUCAUACUCGCUAGUGAACGGCGCCUGAACGAAGCAGGCGUUCAAAAUGAAAGAAGAGGACGAUGACGAUGACGAAGUCCUUUCCCCGUCCGACGCCAGCGAUUCGACUGAAGAAUUCGAUUGCAACGGCGACGAAUCGGAUUCUGAAUCUUGUGGCAAUGAUAAAGGUAACGGAGGCGGAGAUGACGACGAACCAUCCACCGUCCUUCGGCUUCCGUUAAAGGACGACAGGAAGUCUGCGUUAAAUGACGACAGAAAGUCUCAAAAUGUCGCGGCUCUUGUGACAGGCCACCUUCUAGUGAAAAGACAAUCGCUGCUUCCAAGGGUACUUUCAGUGACAGAUGGAGCAGCUGUUGUUAGAAAACCCUUCAAGCCUCCCUGUCCUAAUGGAUACAGUAAUCAGAACGAACAGCUCAGUCGUCGUCUUUGGGCUCGUAAACGGUUUGUACCCUGGGGCUCUACGAGACCUGCAUUGGUUGCAAUUACCAACAGGUUGGACAUUCCUUCUAUUGCUGAGGAACCAGUGUCAGAGGAGAUUGUAAGUCUUCCACCAGGGGUCGAACCAUUGGUCCUGUGGCAACUGGAAGAAUAUGAUGAAGGAGCUGGUAAUGUGGAGCCAAUAUCAGUGGAUCCUGUGCUUGUCCGUUUCCUUCGGCCCCAUCAAAGAGAGGGGGUUCAGUUCAUGUUUGAAUGUGUUUCAGGGUUAUGUAGUGCUGCCAACAUAAAUGGAUGCAUUCUGGCUGAUGAUAUGGGUUUGGGAAAGACUUUGCAGUCAAUCACCUUACUAUAUACUCUUCUUCGUCAGGGGUUUGAUGGAAAACCAAUGGUUAAAAAGGCUAUAAUUGUAACUCCUACCAGCCUUGUCAGUAAUUGGGAGGCUGAAAUUAGUAAGUGGGUUGGAGAAAGAGUUCAACUUAUUGCAUUGUGUGAAAGCACUCGGGAUGAUGUUAUCUCUGGAAUUGACAGUUUCAUAAGUCCUCGCAGCUGUUUACAGGUAUUGAUUGUUUCUUACGAAACAUUUCGGAUGCAUUCGUCAAAAUUCAGCCAUGAUGGAUCCUGUGAUCUUCUCAUAUGUGAUGAAGCACACAGACUGAAAAAUGAUCAGACCUUGACAAAUAAAGCUUUAGCUGCUCUUUCAUGCAAGCGUCGCAUCUUAUUGUCUGGAACUCCAAUGCAGAAUGACCUAGAAGAAUUCUAUGCAAUGGUUAACUUCACAAAUCCAGGAAUAUUAGGCAAUGCUCCUUAUUUUCGAAGAUACUAUGAGACGCCAAUCAUUUGUGGAAGAGAGCCAACUGCUGGUGAAGAAGAGAAAAAGCUAGGUGUUGAGCGCUCAGCAGAACUAAGUGCAAAAGUAAAUCAGUUUAUACUGAGGAGGACCAAUGCAUUGUUAUCAAAUCACUUACCACCGAAGAUAGUUGAAGUUGUUUGUUGCAAAUUGACUCCUCUCCAAUCAGAAUUGUACAACCAUUUCGUACAUUCAAAAAAUGUUAAGCGAGCAAUUACAGAAGAAGUGAAGCAAUCAAAGAUCUUGGCUUAUAUUACAGCUCUUAAGAAGCUUUGCAAUCAUCCCAAGCUAAUCUAUGAUACUAUGAAAAGUGGGAGUCCUGGAACAUCAGGAUUUGAGGAUUGUUUACGCUUCUUCCCUCCAGAAAUGUUCUCCGGAAGAUCUGGAUCUUGGACUGGUGGUUACGGUUCUUGGGUUGAACUCUCUGGAAAGAUGCACGUCUUAGCCCGCUUACUAGCCCACUUGCGUCAGAGAACAGAUGACCGAAUUGUUCUGGUGUCAAACUACACACAGACGCUGGACCUUUUUGCCCAAUUGUGUCGGGAAAGAAGAUAUCCGGUUUUGAGACUUGAUGGAGCUACAUCAAUCAGUAAAAGGCAAAAGCUGGUGAACAGCUUUAAUGACUUUUCGAAGGAUGAGUUUGUCUUUCUCUUGAGCAGCAAGGCUGGUGGUUGUGGCCUCAAUUUGAUAGGUGGGAAUCGACUUGUCUUGUUUGAUCCUGAUUGGAAUCCUGCCAAUGACAAACAAGCUGCUGCAAGAAUCUGGAGAGAUGGGCAAAAAAAGAGAGUGUAUAUCUAUAGAUUUUUGAGUACUGGAACAAUUGAAGAAAAGGUAUACCAGCGUCAGAUGUCAAAAGAAGGGCUUCAAAAAGUUAUUCAGCACGAGCAAACAGAGAGAACAACGGCACAGGGGAACUUUCUCUCAGCAGAAGAAUUGCGAGAUUUGUUCACGUUCCAUGAGAAUGUGAGAUCUGAAAUUCAUGAAAAGAUGAGCUGCAUCCGUUGUCAACACUAUGACGCAAUGGUAGAUGAUGGGCAUGACAAAGGAAACGAUGUUGAUGGUGUCAGAGCAACAAAUGAAAUUUGUCAAUCAGAGCAAGAGGAUAUAGGAGGAUUUGCUAGCCUCUCAGGGUGCUUGCAUAAGUUAAGAAGCUCAGAGAAACAGGUGGGAACUCCUCUGGAAGAGGAUUUAGGUAGUUGGGGGCAUCAUUUCUUCACGUCAUCAGUGCCUGAUGCUAUUUUUCAAGCUUCAGCUGGACAGGAGGUUACAUUUGUUUUCACAAAUCAAAUAGAUGGGAAGCUUGUUCCUGUGGAAUCAGUUCAAAGCCCAAAGAACCAUGGAGUAGAAGGAAAUAAGAAUGAGUCCUGUUCAAAGGAAAACCUGAGACAAAUCACCAUGUCCUCAUCAAAACGACUCUCAUCACCAUCAGUUUCUUCUAGUGUUGGUCCUGUCCGGAGCAUGCUACCCGCUUCUUGCAAGCCUUUGCAAAGGUCAAAUUUGAAAUCAGCGAUAAGUUCUCUAAAAGGUACACUGCAUGUAGCAUUAGAGCCUAAACUCUCUCUUGAAAAUCAAUUACCUCGGAAAAGAUUGUCUCCUGAAACUAUAGACCUUGACGAUUUUCAAUAAAUCAUAUUAAUGUGUUUUUCUGUUCUUUCUUUUGGUUCUAACUAACUAGGGGACUUUUGGCUUCCACUAACUGACAAUACUAUAGAAUCCUAAUAUCUAAUUUGUGAUUGUAUUAUU